AGCGUCAGCCUGUCGAGCGCCUGCGCAGCGAAGCAGUUGGUGUUUUGUUGACAUGUCUGCCGCUGGUCUUUAAUGAUUGUUCCUGCGGGUUCUGCUGUCAGAGAGCGUCCUCCUUUCACGACCCCACCUGAUGGAAAACCCCAGAGACCUGGUGGAGCGUCAGUCCCGGAAGCGGCGGGACUCGUUUGGAAUGCUGGACGGUCUGGAUGAGGACCGGAGCAGCUGCAGCACCGAGUCCAGUGGGGGGAGCGGCGCCUCCAGUCCCGAGGACAGCGAGGACGAAGAGUUAGGAGGAGGAGGAGGGGUCACUCAGCUAAACCCCUCCUCCUCUUCACUGACGCUCAUCAAGACCAACGGGCAGGUGUACACAUACCCCGACGGGAAGGCCGGCAUGGCGACCUGUGAGAUGUGCGGCAUGGUCGGCGUCAGAGAUGCCUUCUACAGCAAAACCAAACGUUUCUGCAGCGUCUCGUGCUCUAGGAGCUACUCAUCCAACUCCAAGAAGGCCAGCAUCCUCGCCAGACUGCAGGGAAAGCCUCCUACCAAGAAAGCCAAGGUUCUGCAGAAGCAGCCUCUGAUGACCAAACUCGCCGCCUACGCUCAGCAGCAGGCCAACCAGCAGGGCGGGGUCAAGAAGAGCGUGUCCAUGGAGUUGUUCGACUGGGGUCGUUACCUUGGAGAUGGAGAUGUAAUGGGAGCGCCGGUCAGCUGUUUCAAACAUGUCCCGAUGGGAAAGUCGUGGGGAGGCAUCAGCGAAGGCAUCCGAGUCGAGGUGCCGAACACUGACAGCGGGCUGCCCAUGAAGGUUUACUGGAUCGCUGGCAUCAUCAAACUGGCUGGUUUUAAGGCUUUGUUGAGAUACGAGGGUUUCGACUGCGACUCUACGCGAGACUUCUGGUUGAAUCUCUGCGUGCCAGACAUCCACCCAGUGGGCUGGUGUGCUGCUGGAGGGAAACCUCUGGUCCCCCCUCAGUCCAUCCUGCACCGCUUCUCCAACUGGAAAACGUUCCUGAUCAAGAGACUCACGGGCUCCAAAACUCUGCCACCAGACUUCGCCUCCAAGGUGCAGGAGAGUAUGCAGUUCCCCUUCAAGAAACAGAUGAGGGUGGAGGUGGUGGAUAAGACUCACCUGUGCCGGACUCGAGUGGCUCUGGUGGAACAGGUGAUCGGCGGUCGUCUCCGGCUCGUGUACGAGGAGUGCGACGAUGGGACCGACGACUUCUGGUGUCACAUGUACAGUCCUCUGAUCCACAGCAUCGGAUGGUCUCGAUCCAUUGGACACCGCUUCAAACGAUCCGAUGUGUCGAAGAAACUGGACGGUCAGAUGGAUGCACCUGGACAGCUGUUUGCCAAAGUGAAGGAAGUGGAUCAGAGCGGCCACUGGUUCGAAGAUGGGAUGAAGCUGGAGGCCAUUGACCCUCUGAAUCUGUCUGCGAUCUGUGUGGCCACAGUGAGGAAGGUCCUGGCAGAUGGGUACCUGAUGAUCGGCAUAGACGGCUCGGAGGCGGCCGAUGGCUCGGACUGGUUCUGCUAUCACUCCACGUCUCCCUCCAUCUUCCCCGCUGGCUUCUGUGAGAUUAACAACAUCGAGCUGACGCCGCCUAGAGGUUACUCCAGUCUGCCCUUCAGAUGGUUUGAAUAUCUGAAGGAGAGCAAGUCUGUGGCUGCACCGGUGAACCUGUUCAACAGGGACGUCCCCAACCACGGGUUCCGCCCCGGUAUGAAGCUGGAGGCCGUCGACCUCAUGGAGCCACGGCUCGUCUGCGUCGCCACCGUCACGCGCAUCGUCCACCGGUUGCUACGGAUACACUUCGACGGCUGGGAAGACGAGUACGACCAGUGGGUGGACUGUGAGUCGCCCGACCUGUACCCGGUGGGCUGGUGUCAGCUGACCGGGUACCAGCUGCAGCCUCCGGCUGUUAACGCAGGCUCCAGAGACCUGCAGUCAGCAGCAUCCAAACAGAGGAAGAAGUCUCAGCAGUACAAAGGACAAAAGAAAAAGAGGAAGCUGCCCAUCGCUAAGCGACCCGUCAGCCUCUCCGGCACCAUGGUAACAGGUGUCCCCAGGAGCCUAUCGGGAGACGAGAACGAGACUCCACCCGAUUACCCGUCACCCCCUCCUCCGGCCUCCGCGGCCCAGCCGCCCUCUGCCGACCCAGAGAGCAGCCCCCGCACUGAGGGGGGGGCAGGAGUCAGAGAGGAGAAUGCCAGAGGGCCAGAGUUAUCUUCUCACAGGACUGAAACAGAAACGCAUAGAUCCUCCACAGACUUCCUCAGCAGCCGGGACCAGCAGUAGGCCUCCUCCACCCUGUUUCCCUUCUCUUCCCCUCCCACAAAUAUGUGAAAUCAUCUACUGAUAACCUCCAACAUUGGACCGCUCCUCCUAACCUUUCAUUUAAAGAACUCUGUGUUCUUUAACUGUGUUUGGUGUACUGCCAUCUGAAAAUUGAACCCUGCUAGAGAAGACGACGACGCAGGACAGUUAAAACAACAAACAGCUUUUAUAUGACAAUUUUUCCAACGCCGAGAUCUCCACUGUUUGUAGUUGUUCGUGUUCUAACGUUAAAACUGUUGAUGUAGUCAUAAAAACACUGUUUCAGUGUGAGCGGCUGGAUUAACGAGGAUGCCACGCGAAGAAGGAAAAAAGAUCACUUCUUGAAGCUCCGCCCACAGGUUUGCAGCAUUUAUUUUUAUGGUAAAACGGAGCAUAGGUCACGAUAGAUGCUGAAGCAGAUCAGACAAUCCAACGAGCUGCUGGAAGGAUUAAAGUCGGCCAAACGUGACGUUUUCUCAAAGCUUUCUUUGUUUUGAUGAUUUUAAAAUGUGUUUGAGUUUCAUCGAGACGGCUAAACGUCCAAUCACAGCCACAGCUUCAAAGGAUCGUUGGGGUUUAUUUCAACCUGUGCGUCCUCGUUUCCCUGAAUCCACACGACCCAGGUAAAGACUGCGGAGUUAGCACAAGCCAGCGUCACGUUAAUGGAAAACGUAGCAGUCUGCAGUAACGCUCGGUCCUGGAUUCAUUACUGCUCUGUUUAUUUCCAUCACCAUGUUUUUAUGGUGGGACUGUUACGUUAGCUUUGCAUGAUUCAGAGUUCAUAAUAACUCUUCUUUAUCUUAUGCACCAUCUCAGUUCCUCCUCUCUGAUACAAGCUGUUUUAGCCCCACCCCCUUUUGACACGACGUUCUUAUGAUUGGCUGCCCCCUCUCUGUGACAUCACACAGAUCCAAACGUAGAAAAAAACUGUUUACAGCCUUGCCCAAAGGCACUGUUGUACACACACUGAUGUCUUCAUCAGAAGUACUUUCUUUAUCACAUCAGCAGCUAAAAAACUACAAAAGUACAUCGUCGUUAUGCAGUAUGGAUACCUCAGAAAAGUAUAAACAAAAUUAAAAGAUUUUUGGGUUAAGAAAAUAUAUUUAAAAUUGUAAAAUGAGUAUAUUUGAUUUAUUUUAAAAUCUAUAUGUAAUAGGAGACCAUCAUAGUACUUAAAGAAAAAAGCAGAAUUGAUCAAAUCGAUCGUGGAGGGACGCUCUGAGUAAGGGGGACGGCCUGAAGUAGGUUUUAAGCUAACAUAUCUAAAAAUGUCCAAAUGUUCCUUUAUCUGUGUUUUUUACUCUGCAGGCAGUAAAGUGUACGUUCACAAGGAGAGUCCAAAAUAAGCUGAAUGCACAUUUCUGGAGCUGCACAAACACACAGAUGUUAAAGAACUGAAACUACAAACGUGUGUAACGUCUGCUUAAACACAAGAACUAAACUAUGUAUUUUCUAAACUAUGGAAACAAAUUUCUGACAAAAACAAUAAUGGGGAAAAAACUCAUAUUAAUGUAAUCCUGACUUGUUUAGUAUGCGAGUAUGCUACAUUACUGAUAGUUACCUUAUUUUACCUUUCAGUGUUAAACUUUUGCUCUUUAAUGUUACACGCUUAUGAUUUCCCACAGAAAGUUUUUUAUGUUUUUAUGUUUUUAAAUUAUUUUUCUUUUAAUGCGUCACCAAAUUUACCGUCUCAUAAUUUUGACUUUAUAUGUCGAAGUGUCAGCAGCUCCGUGUUAGAUUUCUCUGUUCCUGUUUUUCUCAUCUUUUUUAACCGUGAUCACACAAACUUGAUUCUCGUCAGUUUUAACUCUCAGAAUUUUUCUUGUAAGUAAAUUUUUGUCAAAUUGAGCUUCAUUACCAGCAAAGAACUGACUGAUGAUUUUUAAUCAGCUUCUUUAAGAGAGGCAUGAAUAUUUUUGCAUUUUGAAGUUUCUCACUUUCACUUUCAAAGAUUUUGAUUUAAAAAUAAUUUGUAAAAUAUUUUGACAAAAUAUUUUCUUAGUUUAGUUUUUUCGUCAUGACAUACUUCAGCUCUUCAGUGUAUUGGAUUUCAUAAUAUUAUGAUAUAUUAAAAGUAUAACUCGUUACCCCAGUAAGACAAAACCAGUUACUCAUCAUUAGCUCACAACAUAAACUCAAACUUUAGUUUCUUAAUUUUGCCUUAAUAUGUAAUAAUUUCACUUCAUAGACACAGUUUUAACAUACUACAUUUAAAAAAAACUAAAAAUGAAACCGUUUACUUUGAUAAUUUUUUAAAAAAAGUGUCUACAUUUAUAUUUGUGUUGUUUUGAGUGAGCUGUUUGAUCUGUGUUGCAGUCGUCUCACAGAUCCAUCGUUGAGGGUCGAGCGGUCUUUUAGACUCGAGUCUUAAGCUAAACUGUGAGCAUGCGUCUGCACACUGAACCUGUUUCUAAAAUCUGCUUGCACUGCUGUCCGUGUGCUCGUGUUCGUCUUUUUUAUAUGUGUGAAUCUAGUAUUAAAGUGUUCUAUGUGUAUGAUGGUGCUAUCUGUAGGUGACACGUUUGAUAAUGUUUUUAUGGAUUGAUUUUGACAAACUGAGUCUGGUGAACAAGUUGUGUUUGUACUAGGUUUUGUAUUCAGAGGUAAAAGUGAAGUGGGUCGCCGGUCUUCCACGCCAGUUUGUGAUAUUGUCAUGUGUGAUUAUCCUAGUGGGAGGAGAAAUUGUGGUUUUAUAGGUUUUCUGUGGGAUUUGAAGCCGUUUCUUAGACUGAGAAUUGGGACCUAAAGAUGAUUUGAACGUUUGGAGGCUGAUGCUGACAGUGGUUGCUUUUUAAAGAUGUUUGUUAUCUCAGGAAGAUCAGGUGGAAUCUGAACUACAGAAUCCGAAGGCUGGACUGGGUUUGUGGCUAUUAUAGGAAUUAAUUUGGUCUUUCUGUGGGUAUAAAUUAGUGCUCAACUCAAAUCUGAUUGGCUGCAAAAAUUCAGAAAUGAAUCAAUAGAGUCUGCGUGAAAUAAGCACCAAAACUGAAGAUCAGGUGCAGGGCUGCAGAAUUUGGUUUCAGGGUGUGAGCCGACGGGUCAAACGUUUCAACCAGGUUCAAAGUGGCUUCAGGACUGCAAUAGACUGACUUUAGUAUUUUACAGUCUGUCUUAAGACGAUGAGUAAAGAUUUAGGAGGAGUUAAUUCAGGUGGCGAUUUAUAGAAGUGUGUCUGCUCUGGAGUUGGGUGUAAAAUCUUUCAGCCAGACUAAGGCUACGUUCACACUGCAGGCGAAAGCGCAUCAAAUCCGACUUCUUUGACCCUAUGCGACCCGUAUCCGAUCAUGGUCUGACAGUGUGAACGGCACAAAUCCAAUAUUUUGAAAUCCGA